ACAGACCGGCAGAUUAGCUCGGCUCAACGUGCUCUGUAGACUCUCCGAAACAGCUCCGCUCCUUAGCACCAGAAUCGAGCAGCCACCGGCUUUUCACCCCGGGAUAUAAGCGACUCGGUUCCCGUGUAGCUACUGUGCGGUUCUUCAGUCCCUAAUAAGGAAUGCCCAGAGAGCUGACCCAGAACAGGAUCCAAAAGAUCUGGGUUCCCACAAAGGAUGGCAAGCCGGCACCCCGACGAGCUGCCGGCGCACCCCACUUCGCCAACCCCCCCACCGUCAUCGUGAUGGUGGGCCUGCCGGCUCGUGGCAAGACGUACAUGUCCAAGAAACUCACCCGCUACCUCAAUUGGAUUGGCAUGCCCACCAAAGUCUUCAACGUGGGAGAGUAUCGCAGGGAGGCAGUCAAGAACUACAGCUCCUAUGACUUCUUCAAGCCUGAUAAUGAGUGUGCCGUGAAAAUCAGGCAGCAGUGUGCCUUAGCAGCCUUGAGGGAUGUCAAGUCCUAUCUGAAGGACGAGGGAGGCCAAGUAGCGGUCUUCGAUGCCACAAACACUACAAGAGAAAGGCGAGACAUGAUCCUCAAGUUCGGCAGUGAGAAUAACUUCAAGAUCUUUUUCAUUGAGUCAGUGUGCGACGAUCCCAGUGUCAUCGCAUCGAACAUCAUGGAAGUGAAGGUGUCGUGUCCAGACUACCGGGACUGCAACAAGACAGAGGCCAUGCUGGAUUUCCAGAGGAGAAUUGAAUGCUACAAAACUAGCUACCAACCCCUGGACCCUGAUCAGUACGACAGGGAUCUCUCCUUCAUCAAGGUGAUUGACGUUGGUCGCCGGUUCCUUGUCAACCGGAUCCAGGAUCACAUCCAGAGCAAGAUUGUCUACUACCUGAUGAACAUCCACGUCCAGCCCAGAACCAUCUACCUGUGUCGGCAUGGAGAGAGCACUGACAACCUGGAGGGACGGCUCGGCGGUGACUGCGGCCUCUCGCCACAAGGCAAACAGUUUUCAGCUGCUCUGGCUCGAUUCGUGGAGGAACAGCAGCUGAAGGAUCUGAAGGUCUGGACCAGCCAGCUAUGUCGCAGCAUUGAGACUGCUGAGCACCUGGGAGUCCCGUACGAACAGUGGAAGGCUCUUAAUGAGAUCGAUGCUGGAAUCUGUGAGGAGAUGACAUACGACGAGGUGAAGGAGAAAUUCCCAGAGGAGUUUGCUUUGAGAGAUGAAGAUAAAUUCUACUACCGCUAUCCUGCUGGAGAGUCCUACCAGGACCUGGUGCAGCGGGUGGAGCCAGUCAUCAUGGAGCUGGAGAGGCAGGAGAACGUCCUGGUUAUUUGCCACCAGGCUGUCAUGCGCUGCCUGCUGGCCUACUUCCUGGAUAAGAGUGCAGAUGAGAUGCCCUAUCUGAAGUGCCCCCUCCACACAGUGCUGAAGCUCACCCCAGUCGCCUAUGGAUGCAAAGUGGAGUCCAUCUGUUUGAAUGUGGAGGCUGUGAACACCCACAGAGACAGACCUGAGGAGGUGAAGAGGGGUCCCGGCACCCUGAUCAGGAGGAACAGUGUGACUCCCCUGACCAGCCCCGAGUCAAACAUCAAGAAACCUCGCAUUGACGACCUGGAUGAGGCUCCGAUCCAUGAGCUGCCUCCAUCUGUUGCCUCACUGGCCCUCUGCAGCCCCUCACACCUCCCUCUCACCCUGGCUGGACAGCACUGGCUUGGCAAAGUUUGCCUAACCUGAGGAGGAGCUCAUCUGGUCGCCAUGACAUCCUGCAGCCCUGCCAAUGAAAUUGCACUGUUGUGUCAUGAGGCUCAAGAGGCCUGGAAAGUUGAUCGCUGACAAAGAAGACAAUAACAUGAAACAACAGAAGUAAAAAGUUAUUUUUCAUCAUUUCUCAGUUUGUAAACCAUCAAGAACCAAGUGGGUAAAUGUAUCAUUUUGUCAUUCGAGGACACAAGUCACUGUACCUUUUAUUGUUAUUUGAUUUUUUUCUCUCUGAGACUGCUGAAUCUGUGUUUCCUUGAGUAACACGUGUGUGUGUGUACUGAAAGAGGCAAACUGUGACUCACUGAAAUCAACAGUCAUACCUGUUACACCGCACAGCUCAGAUGGCUCUCUGGUAAACCAGUUUCUUGUGGUUUAUCAUGUGGAGAGACCAAAGACAGAACUCUCACACCCAAACUUUCAGCUCAUCCUUUUUCAACCAGGUAUUCAUGGUUGUACUGUUCACUAACAGAUGGUUAUAGUAUUUAAUUUACAUUGUAAACUUUUUGGCACUUCUUUGGAAACACUGGUGUUUUUCCACAUAUUUCUAAAACGUAGCAGAGCGUCAUGAUCUAAUCGACUCCUUUGUAUGCUCUCAUGCUACAAAAUAUGUGAUCAUUUUGCACAAAGGGGAUAAAUUUUUACUUUUGGUCUAUGUGUCACUUUGUGUUUUUCACAGUAAUGGAGGUGAUUUUUGCCGUAGAGUGCCUGUAGUGCUUGUUUCGCAAGCCUGAUGCUGCUUCUCUCGUUAUUUCUCUGGAUGCUUGAGGAGAGGCGCCACUUUUCACCUAAUAACUCAACAUAUCAUUUCAAUACUUUAUUUUUCACAGUUUUAAUAUUUAUUUUUCAUUGUAGUUUUGAUGCUACAGUACAUGUCGAUCAUAUAACAAAGUUCUCACCACUGAUGGAGUACUUUAUUUUCCUUUUGCUGUUAUUGUCUGCUACGCACAAAUGUAAGCACCUAUAUUUUUGUGAUAACAGUGCGUGCUGUUAAUAAUAUCCCUGUAAAGUGUACAUACAGUGUAACUGGACAUGUGUGGGAGAAGACUUGGAAGUCUCUUGGGAUUCUUUUAAUGAAAAAAGUAUGUGUAACUGUUUUUGUAUUCAUGAAUGGAAAGCAGGAUAUCUGUUGAGAAAGAAGCUGCUGCUUACCUCUCUCUCUCAGUAAAACUGCACGUUUGCUUGAGAUACUUGAAAAUUGUUUUUUGUAAAAACUGUUUUAUUAUAUUCUUUAUUUAUUUGUAUGUAGUUCUGAAUGAAUGCUUGGAGCACCUUAUUUUAAUCUAAGGACUAUGCAUGAGAGGACAGUAUGUUGUACAGUUGAUUUUGCAUCUGCUGGACAAAUAAAUCCACUCCGGGAAAAAAUGCAGAGUGUUUCUUGUAUUGUUUAUUGUCAUUGGCCCAAAUCCAACAUUAAUAUUGUGUCCAUCCUUCUAUGUUUCCAUCUAUGGAGAUAGUCCUCAGAGUACACAGUGGCACUCCUGCCUUCACUAUCUCACCCGUUCACAAGAUUCAUUAGUCACAGUGUGAGUCGCGUGCUGCUUAUCAGGAUCAGCGUGACUGGCUGCAUUCAGGAUGUUACUGUGACGUUACAUCAGUAAAACAGCCCUCUUCCUCCUAAAAGACUGAGCACAAAAUGAGGAUUUUGUACUCUAAAGUAUAGUGGUGAUAGAUUUAAGUGGGUAAAAAAUCUUACAGGCAGAGAGGGCUUGAUGAAAUAUUGACUGAUGAUUACUUAAUAGUUAUCACAAGGAAGAAAUUUAUCUACCAUAUGUUCCUGAAAUAAUACAAGGGUGCAGGAGGGUUUGGCUGCCACCAUGUUACAAAAGCAGGUAUUAUUAACACAUGACAUAUUUCACAAGUUUUGGGAGUUAGUUUAAUGUGAUGUUUGUGGUUGCCCUGUAAAAUUUUAAGUGUUUUUUUUCACCAUGGUGAAAAAAUACCCUUGGUAAUACCCUGACUCUUCCUCUAGUGCCACCAUCAAUUUGACAUUAGUGGUUUUGGGGAUUACCACAACAUUUGGUGCAUUUAUUUCCCCCUCAGGAUGGAUUAUAGCAACUUUGAAGAAACACAAAAUUUUCAUCAUCCAAUCAAAUGAAAUUUGUUCGAUACAUACUAAAACUAGUGACAUUUCCCUGGCCAUGGUAUACAGUAUACCUGCUUAACAUCAACAUGUUAGUAUUGUCAUUGUGAGCAUGUUAGCAUGCUGAUGUUAGCAUUUGGCUCAAAGCACCACUGAGUACAGCCUCAGGGCUGUUAACUUAGAAUCCUGUUACUUUGACAUACUGUAGCUGUUUAACUGAGAGUUAAGCUACAUUACAUACAAAUUGUUUGCUGCAUUUUAGCUUUUUACAACCCAGGUCAAGGCAGUCAGUUCAAAUUUACCAUGAUGUUGUCUUAAUAUGUAAAGGUUUAAAAAAAAAAAAAAAAAAAAAAAAAAAAAAAAAAAAAAAAAACCAAAA